AUGGGGACAAGAGGUCAGUCAAGUGCCAUGGGCCAAGAAGCAAGAGACCCAAGGCUUGAUGCAGUUAUUCAGACGCUGCAGGAAAUAGGGAAUUUGAUGGGAAGGCAAGCUCAAGAGAGGGCUGCUAAUAUUGCCCAGGCUGCAGCAGCUGCUGCUGUCAAUGGAAAUCAAGCCAAUCUUGGGCAGGCUCAGGUAGUUGGGAAUAGGCAGAUGCACCAACUGGUGGAGCAGUUCCUAAAGUUAAAGCCGCCAAAGUUCGACGGAAAGGGUGACCCCGAGGCCGCGCCGCGUUGGGUGGAAGAGUUGGAGAAGGCCUUCGAAGUUCUGGGGUGCACCGAGGCCAAGAAGGUGACCUUGGCCGUGUAUCAGUUGCAGGAGAAUACUAGUGAUUGGUGGAAGGCCACCAGGGGGAGAGUGUUCGCUGAAGGUACCGCCCAGACUUGGGAUGUGUUUGCUGAGAAUUUUAACGAGAAGUAUUUCUCAGUAAGUGCCCGAGAAAGGAAGAUGACAGCUUUCUUUAAACUGCGUCAGAACCAAAUGACUGUGGAUCAUCAGUUGAUACCAGUGAAUUUGAGAACUUAUGAGGAAUUAUAUGAGAGGGCUCAGGCUAUCGAGCAGGAUGCAACAGAUAGGGCCGCCGCAUCUGGAUCGUGGUUCGCCUCGGCUAAGGACAACCGCCGCUUCGGAAAGAAGCCGAUGACGGGAAAUAGACGUUUUGUCCCUCCCGUAAGGAAAAACAUCGGGAAGCCGAACCACCCGCAGAGCAGGUUUGGGGCAUGUUUCAAGUGCGGGAGCAUGGACCACAAGAUAAGGAACUGCCUUCAGCAACGCUCAGCAGGACCGCCGAUGCAACCACAGCAGCCCAGGGUCGAGAAUCAGACUGGGAAUCCCCCACCGGCUAUUCAAGGUAGACCGCCAGCGUAA